AUGAUAGGGUUCGGUGCAAAUGAAUCCGGCGCAGAGUUUGGCCAGACGUCGAUUCCCGGAGUCGAGGGAACUGACUAUACUUUCGCCAGCACGACCGCUAUUCAAACCCUCAUCGACGCUGGAAUGAAUAUCUUCCGAGUGCCGUUCUUGAUGGAACGCAUGGUUCCGAAUUCGCUGACGGGGUCAAUUGAUUCUGCCUAUUUUUCGGGGUAUAGUAAUGUUAUCAAUUACAUCACCAGCAAGGGCGCUUAUGCAGUGGUUGACCCUCACAAUUUCGGUCGAUAUAACGGCAACAUCAUCAGCUCGACCUCCGAUUUUGGCGCGUUCUGGAAGACCGUCGCAUCGCAGUUCAGCAACAACUCCAAAGUCAUCUUCGACACGAACAACGAAUACCACGACAUGGACGAAUCCCUCGUCGUCUCACUCAACCAAGCUGCCAUCGACGCCAUCCGCAGCACCGGCGCAACAAGCCAAUACAUCUUCGCCGAAGGCAACUCAUACACCGGCGCCUGGACGUGGGCAUCCGUCAACGACGACAUGAAGAGCCUAACGGACUCGUCCAACAAACUCAUCUACGAGAUGCACCAGUACCUCGACUCCGACGGGUCGGGGACAUCGGCGACCUGCGUAAACAGCACGAUCGGGCAGAACAGGGUUGAGGCUGCGACUGCGUGGCUGAAGGAUAAUCACAAAAUCGGGUUUUUGGGUGAGUUUGCUGGAGGCGCGAAUAGUGUUUGUGAGAGCGCAGUGACCGGCAUGCUCGACUAUUUGCAGCAGAAUUCGGAUGUGUGGUUGGGUGCAUCGUGGUGGGCGGCGGGGCCCUGGUGGGGGGAUUAUAUUUACUCGAUUGAGCCGCCGAGUGGUGUUGCGUAUGAGAGUUAUAUGUCGGUUUUGAAGCCGUAUUUCCCUUGA